UCCUCCUCCACUUCUUAUAAACCAAGCCCUUGACGUUAUUCAGCAGUUUAGACAAGAUACUAAGUUGUAUUCCCAGCCUGACGAUGAAGAACACACUAAUAGUGAUAUUUAUUCAAAUGUGGACACUGGCGGUGAUGACCGCAGGUCAGCUUCAGUGCGACCCGCAGACUCAGUUCCAGCAAAACGGGCAAUGCUGUCAAAUGUGUCCACCAGGCACCAGCAUGUCGUCCUUCAGAGUGUGCACAGAGCCUCUCUGCCUCGACUGCGACGAGGACGAGUAUCAGGACGCGUUCACCACGGAGGCCAAGUGUAAACGUCAGCCGUACUGCGACCCGAACAAAAACUUUAAGUUUGUGAAGCAGGCGAGCUUAAAGCAAAAAAGCGUGUGUAUGUGUCAACGCGGGUUCCACUGCUCCAGUGACGCCUGCCUCACCUGCGUGCCCCACAGGCCUUGUGAGCCCGGAUGGGGGGCGAUAGUUCAAGGGAAUCAAACCCACGACACAGUGUGCCAUAAAUGCCCUCAAGGAUCUUUUUCGAACGAGAGCUUGUGGGACGCCGACUGCGCGCUCUGGACCAAGUGCGAGAGCGGUUACCACGUCGGGCGAAGCGGGUCAGACAAAUCGGACGUGGUUUGCGAGAAAAGCCGGGGUCCACAUGUCGCCAUCGCCAUCGUCGUUUUACUUGUGGUCGUUGUCGCUCUCAUAGCUGCAAUCGUGGUCUGUCUCUCAAGAGGUAAAGAACAACAGAAAAAGGUGGACCUCAGUGAAGUGUGUGUGCAAAACCCGCUCAUAGAAGAAAACUCUGCGAGUGAGGCGCCAGGCGUGGAAGUGGUCCUACCAGGACGCCCGUUGGUCGUAACGCAGCCCUCGCCGGAGGACGCCACCCCAGGAGUUUCCGAGGUCGUAGCGCAGCCCUCGCCGGAGGACGCCGCCCCAGGAGUUCCCGAGGAGAUCAAGGACGAUCCGAGAGAUCUACUCCUCACAGUUAACGGAAACUACGUGAUGCAGGAGAACGGGAAAGCCGAAGUCCUCUCCUGCCAGGAAUCCCAAAGCGGGACUUAGAUGAGCGAAAUGGUGUGACGCCGAUGAAUUGAAGGCAAUUUUUGUCGUCUGAGUUGAGUUAAAGUACCCAUGAUUGUCACACACACACUAGGUGUGGCGAUAUUAUUCUCUGGGAGGUGAGGGGAGCAGUGAGCAGCAGCGGUGGCCGCGCCUGGGAAUAAUUUUUGGUGAUUUAACUCCCAAUUCCAACCCUUAUGCUGAGUGCCAAGCAGGGAGGUAAUGGCUCCCAUUUGUAUAGUCUUUGGUUGAUGUGAGAAAGUGAAUGCUAAUGCUAACACUAACUUGCUUGUUUACUCGUAUUUACCAACAGUGUACAUGUACAUUAUUCUAUUCUACUUGUAAAAAGUAAGUUUUGGUUGUUAAAAUACUUGACUACGUGUUAUAUAUAUAGAAAAAGUUUGACUUGAAGGAAAAUGUACACCCUUAGAAGGUUAUUAUUUACAAUCCUGGUCAAAAGUUUACAUGCACUUGUAAAGAACAUAAUGUCAUGGCUGUUUUGAGUUUCCAAUAAUUUCUACAACUCUUAUUUUUUGUGAUAGAGUGAUUGGAGCACAU